AUGAACCAGAAGGUGUUAGUUUUCCUUCUCCCAAAUUUUAUUUUUGGGAUAUUUCUUUGGGGUUUUUUCUGUAAGAGACAAAAAAGCCUAACAGGUACUUUUCCUGAUCCCACUGAAGAUUGGCUGGCAAUUCAAAAUGAUCGCAAAAGCACUCUGGCUUCUGUCUGCCUGAAGAACAACCUUCUUAAAUUAAGAAGCAAAUUGGAUUCUCAUGUUGCAAACCAGCUGUUUGUGGAGCACAAACAUAAAUUUAUCUACUGUGAGGUGCCCAAGGUAGGCUGCUCCAACUGGAAGAGAACUAUUUUUCUUCUCCAAGCAGGCUUGAAUGCAGAAGCUUCUGAAAUUGAGCAUGACCACAUCCACCAAACCUCACUGAUCAAAAAGCUGGUGAAUUACCCUCCUGCUAUACAGAAGGAAUUUCUGAACAAUUAUACCAAAGUGAUGUUCACCAGGCAUCCCUUGGAACGGCUGGUUUCAGCUUACAGAGACAAACUUCUGCACUCUGAGCCAUUCUACAGUAUCACCAUCGCUAAUGAGAUUAGGGCAAUGUUCAGGAAAAACAAAAAUUCUUCUGAAAAAGUGAGUUUCCAGGAGUUUGUCAACUUCAUUAUAGCAAAACCACCGAAUGCUCUUGACAUUCACUGGAAACCAAUGUUUCUGCUCUGUGAUCCUUGCAACAUUCACUAUGAUAUUCUGGGUAAGUAUGAAACUCUUGGGUUAGAUUCUGAGCAUGUUCUGAAGGCCAUUGGAGCACCAGAGAGCCUGCACUACCCCAGCUUGAAGAGGUAUGGCUCAGAGAAACGAACUAAUGGUGAUAUCACCUUGGAGUAUCUCAGACAAUUGAACUCAGAACAAAUUGAGAAAAUAAAAAAAUUGUAUCAAAUGGAUUUUUUCUUGUUCAACUAUACUAUGAAAUACAAGGAUUAUUUUUCCCUGAAUGACUAA